UCAUAUAUUAAUGUUUUAAAGUCCUUAUCAUCUUAUAAAUGUGGAUUUCGUUUGGGGCAAAUCAGUAUAGUUUACGAUAUUUGCACGUUUUCUAAAAUGUGAGACCAUGUUAUGUGAGUAGAUUAGUAGUAUCCACGUCUACACAAAAUAUACCAACCAAAUGCUUAUUUACUUAAACAAAGAUCAAGGAUUUUAUUGUGUUUUAAAGAUAAACUCGUGUUAUGCAUACUUGUGCUUUAUUUUGUUUAAAAAUUAAAUAUGUGAUAUAUGCAUGUAAAAAUAGAAGUUUCUAAAGAUGUCAAAAAACAAAGGAACUUUCUAAAUUGCAAGCUUACAACAAGAAAAAAAAAAAACUUUCUAAUUGCAAGAACAAUUUGGUAAUAACCUUUAGACAAAAAGUAAAGCUGCAUGGGUAUGGGUUAUGGGCAUACCAAAGUAAAUGGAUGCUGUAACAUAGAAUGUCAAGAUACAUUACACAUAUGGUCAAGAUAUUGUUAUUCCAACUACCACUUGAGGAACAAAAAAUAAAAAGAGUGUGCUCUUGGGAAAAGAAAAAUGAACAAAACAAAACAAAUACAUUUUAUCAAAAGAAAAGAAAAAAAAAAACAUAUCUUGGUGUUGCCAAUCGAAGUACCAAUUUUAUUAUAAAGCCAGCCCGACAUUAUGAAAUCAUAUUAUGAUCGCAUGAGUGAACUAGAAUCAAAUAUUAUAUCCUUGAAACGCACGUUAGGUAUCGUGCUUGCCACACAUUUUGUAACAAACUUGAACACUACAAAAGUUGUAACAUUUUUCUACAGUUCCCCAUAUAUAUACUAGGAAUUCAUAUAGAUAUUUCAACCAAAAAUGGCCGUGAAGAUCUCAACCAUAUCAGUAUUGAUCCUUUCCCUUGCUCUACUUAGCUUCGGCCAUUGUUGUUAUGGCCAGCUUCGAAUCGGAUUCUACAGUACAAAGUGCCCAAAUGUCGAAAACAUUGUAUCUAAAGUUGUUGGAGAGGCAUUCAUCAAGGGUUCGUCCAUUGCACCCGCAAUGAUCCGCCUUUAUUUUCACGAUUGUUUUAGCAACGGAUGUGAUGCAUCGCUUCUUCUAGACGGUGCGAGCAGUGAGAAAAAGGCGUCGCCAAAUCUAAGUGUACGAGGAUACGAAUUGAUAGAUGACAUUAAAUCUGCGGUCGAGCAAGAAUGCGAUAGGGUCGUUUCUUGUGCUGAUAUCAUAGCUCUCGCGACUAGAGAUCUUGUUACUCUUGCAAGCGGAGGGAAAACACGAUAUGAGAUACCAACAGGACGAUUAGACGGCAAAGUCUCUUUGGCUUUGCUCGUGGAUUUACCGUCUCCUCGGAUGACCGUCUCGCAAACUGCUGCGAAAUUUGCUGACAGGAAACUAAGCCUUACCGAUAUGGUUCUACUUCUUGGUGGACAUACGAUCGGAGUUGCACAUUGUUCGUUCGUUAUGGACCGGCUAUAUAAUUUCCAAAAUACGCAACAACCUGAUCCAUCCAUGGAUCCUAAAUUGGUCCAAGAACUAAGACUCAAAUGCCCUAAGGAUUCGUCAAUUGAUGGCAUCAUUAAUCUGGAUCAAAAUUUUACGAGUUCGAAUACUAUGGAUGUAUCUUUCUAUAAACAGAUAAAUUUUCACCGCGGAAUCCUUCAUAUCGAUCAACAACUUGCCAUCGAUGGGAUGACGAGUAAGAUGGUGACGGAUAUAGCCAAUGGUAACGACUUCUUGGCUAGGUUUGGUCAGGCAAUGGUGAAUUUGGGAUCGGUGAGACUUAUUAGUAAGGCCAAAGACGGGGAGAUAAGAAAAUCAUGUCGUUCUUGCAACAAUCCAUCAUGCGUAUAAACAGUUGAAUAAAAUUACGCGCUGUUUUUUUUGUUUACUAUUAUUUUAUUUAACAUUUUUUGUUGUUCAUCUAUCCUUUUUAUUUUUAAUUUGGGCUGUUAUUUAUUUUCUAUUGUAUGGCAUCUAAGUUUUUUUUGUUUAUUGUUAUUAUGUUAUCAUUUUUUCAUCUGCCCGUGUUAUUUUUAAUUUGAGUUGUGAAUUAGUUUCUAUUGUUAUGGCAUUUCAGUUGUUCUCAAUAGUUAAUUAAAAGGAAUAACAAUGAAAAUAAAUGAAGAAAUUGCGGAAACUAGGACCAUGUAUAUUUUCCUCACAUGUGAAGUGCUUACUUAUAUUGAUCGUUCAGUUUUCAACUCCAUCUCUUUGGUCUUCUCAUCUACUAUUUUGAACUUACCUCUAUUUGUAGAUUAUUAUUAUUUUUUAUUUUAUUUUAAUCCAACAACUGUUUUACAAGGUUGAAAGAUCAACGUGUAUGACAUCUCUAAUACAACUUAGGACACUACUAUACAAACCCAUUGCGCUCUUAGCUGAUCUGCUACUCGGUAAGAAGCCCGGUAGUUGAAUUGUAUAUCCAAAAUCGAACUCUUGUUUAAGCACCUCAAUAUUUUGAACCAGGCUUAUCACUGAGGCCCACGAUUCUGGUGCUUAACCGGGUAAAAUGACCUCUUUCCAUCAAUCUCUAUUUAUAGAUUCACACGAGGAUACAAUUCAAUGGUUAGAUGA